CGACCACACCGCUGAGGCUUGUUACGUUUCUUGGCCUGCUUGGUACCAAGUCCCUUACCAAACACACCGUCACAGGACCCGCUUGAAUGAGAUCACCGCCCCCGUUCAGGACAAGGAAGGCGACCAACCAGCGACAUUCCCACGAGCUCAACCCCCAACAAGCCGCAUCAUCUUGUCAAGGAUUAACACCGCUUCCCUUUCCGCUUGCGAAACGAGGAAGCUUGAAGUGGCGGGCUAGACCGAACUGAAUCGUGACGCAGGGAUCUGUUUGGAUCUACAUCAUUUCCACUUUUUGCAUUUGGAUUGCGUCUGCAAAAAAAAUAGAAAAAAUAAAGAGGGAUGGCGCUCCUCAUUGCGAACGACCACACUUCGACAAGUAUCUCUACUACCGCUUCUUCUACAGCAACCACAACCACAACCACAACCACAACUGCAACAAGCACGACGACGACGCUUACACAUAAAACAACAACAUCAACCACCACCUCCAGCUACAUACUAGCGCAUAUUCGCCCUCUCCUCUCAACAACACUCAAAACCCUCUACCAAACCCACGCGCUCCUCUUUUCCACCCUCCUCCUCCUCUUCGUCCGCUCAUUCAGUCUCCUCCACUCCAUCUUCCACCACCUCCCCCUCAGCACCUCCCUCGCCACUAAACUUUUUGUCUACCGCACUCUCAUCUUUACUCGCCACGCCAUCAUGGAGACCGCCAGCCACACAUGGUCGAUCUGGGACAGUCGCAAAGCCCGCCAAAUAAGGAAGAAAAUCGAGUUCGAGUUCUUCGUCUGGAUCUUGGGACCGGGCGGGAACUUGUUGUGUUUCCUGCUUUGGCCGGGGUGGAUCGUGUUGGGAGUGAUGAUUUGGGGACUGUCGUGUUUGAUGACGGGGGUUUCGGCUGCUAUGUUGCCGGUUAGUGGGUGAAUGACACUAUGACAGACAGGUAAGCGCACAUUGGGGUUAUACUAUGGGAAAGUCACAACAAGUGGAUGGAUGAAUUGCUCACAUUUCGCUUCCGUUCUAGGGAUCUCCAGUCCAUUUUACUGAGUAAAUGUUUGAUGACGAUCGAUCGCGACGUCGCCGGGCCAGGGACGGACGGAGCUAAAAGCCGGUCCCGCGGGGUCUGAGUUGAAUGCGCC